AUGGUGCUCUCCACCAUCCUGGCACUCUACCUCGGCUACAAGGCCUUUCGUCUCAUAGAGGCUCGACAGAGGGAAAACGCCAUACAACCCUCACCCACCAGUCCGGUCCUCGUCAACCAUUUCCAAUUCGUCACCGUGAAUGGCAAGCGGUUGCGAAUCGUUCACAUUCCUCAUGAGUUGGGCUCCAAAGUACCGCUGCUGGUCUUUAUUCAUGGAGUUGGUGGCCAGCUGGAGCAGUUUGAAAAGCAGAUCGAGUAUUUUAGUCAUAGCACGCAUAUCUUGGCCAUUGACAUGUGCGGAUACGGUGCAAGCGAUGUGCCAGACAGUUUCGAACACUACACAACAGAUGCCUUUACGGAGGAUAUCGUUGUAUUGCUGCAGCGAUAUAAGAGCGAGGACACCGUCCUGAUCUGUCACUCGUACGGUUGUGCCGUCGGCACGCAUCUGUACUCUCGGCUUGAGACCCUCGAAAACCUCAACAACUCGAUCAAGGCGAUGGUCAUGAUCGGACCCAAAGCCAUUAUCACACAGCACGAGCUGGAGAGUCGGGAGCAAUUGAGAAGAACACCGGACUGGGCCGUAAAUCUGGCCCGUCACCUGGACAGGAUGGGCGGGAUUCACUCCAAAUCCGUCGACCGACU